AUGCCGCUGCCGCCAUCCCGCACCUGCGCUGCCUUGCAGUGGCAAAAGUAUGCCCACGAGCAAGCCUGCGACGCCUUCCCUCAGAUGAUCGAGAACAGUGGGCUCCGUUACUACAAGACCAAAAUCAAGCCGCACUGCACUGAUGGCAAGGGCAAGUACUGGUGCAACAUCGUCACGAACAACCCGUGCUGGAACAACAUGCGCAACGCCGGUUCCAUGAGCACCGCCACGGUGCUGCCCAAGGGCUGCAAGAAGACCUUCCCCAGCCCCAGCAAGAAGGAGGUCGUCGAGUACAACCCCGGCACGCUGCUGUGCCCGGCGGGGUACAGGAAGGCGCCCAAGUCUGUGGUGUUCACCUUCCUCGAGCGCUGGCUGGCUGACUCUGCGCGUGGCAAGCAGUACGUCCCUGCUGGCACCUGGUGCUCCAAGAUCGGCUUCAAGUGGAUUGCCGUCAAGCAUGGCGCCGGCUGCAUCGGCCCCAAGGGCAGCGGCUUGGUGGUUCAGGGCGAGGUGUCUUGGGUGUGCGAGCAGCAGGCGCGCAUCCGGCGCCUGCCUGUGCGCGUCAUCGACCCGUGGGCCACCAUGGUGUGCCCCUGGAGGACCAAGAUCGAGCUGGACCUCCUGAAGUGA